AUGGACGCUCGCUCCUUCUAUGGGAAGAAAAAAAUUCCGUGUAGGACGCGUUUCCCACCCGAAGACGGAAGCGACGACAGCUGCCUAAGUGACACUGACAAUGAGGAUGCGGACUACAACCCUCCCCAACUGUUCAACGCACCGCCCGAUAAUGACACAAGCGAAGAAAGUGAAGAAGAAGAAGAAUCGGUGCCAGCUUCCUCGAAAGGAGUGAAUCGGCCAGUGCACUGGUCGAAAACAUCUUCAUCUCUGACUAAUGACGUUCCUCAGUGGAAAUGUGCUGCGCAUGAGAGCGAGGCCGUCAGGUCCCCAAUCGAGUACUUCCAGGGUUUCUUCGACGACAACGUCUUCAAUCUAAUUGUGCAGCAGAGCAAUCUUUAUGCAGUACAACAAAACCCGAAUAAGCCUCUAGCCUUGUCCCGGGUGGAACUUGAGCAGUUUCUAGGCUGCACUGUCUACAUGUCGAUCUUCCAGCUACCACGAUCUCGUUUGUACUGGUCAGCUGAAUGCAGACUACCAGUUGUGGCCGAUAUUGUGACGCGCGACAGGUGGGAGGAGAUCAAAUCCUCGCUGCACUUCAACGACAACCUCAGCAUGCCACCAGCCGACAGCUCCCCGAAGGAUAGACUGUUCAAGAUUCGCCCGCUUCUCGAGAUGCUGCUCCCAAAAUUCGAGGAGAUUCCUCAGGAAUAA